AUGUACUCAUCAUGGGACGAUCACCCCGCUCCGCCCCGCGAUUACCAGUCACGCUCCCACCGCCAACCUUCUGGCUCCCUUUCGCAAGACCCCGCCCAACCGCCUUAUGACCAGCACCACCCAUACUCCAGAUCAUCCUCCCGACCCGCACCGGGUCAAAAUGGUGGUAUCCAGCUCCGGCCCCACAGCUCGCUGGCUCAACCGCAGAUUGUCCUGCCCGAUAUCCCAUCCUUCGCUGGCGUCGAGCUGAUCGGCCCGCCCGACGGUAACGGUCCAAGCGGUGUCAUCGCGGACGAGCGGGCGUGGUCGCAGGGUCUGAUACCUUGGGAUCCCCGCGGUAUGGCGCUCGUAGCAAGGGAUGGUGUUCUGCUUGGUCAGAUCCAGUCUCCGUCAGGAAGGUACCGCUCGCUCACUCCCGAACCACCGCAAUCGGCCGCUGCUGGACGGGGGGCGAUAUCGCCGCUCUCCCUCGACCCGACUGCACUACCAAAGCGGCUGCUCGGUCCCUCUUUGCCCUCACACCUGCGUCCUGCCCUUCCGACCAAUCGGUCCUGGUCACUCGACGCGCCGUCCCAAACGUCCCUCGCUCCGUUCGUCGCGUCUCACUCCGGCCGCCCGCUCGACCGAGGACCGUACAUCCCGAUCGACGAGCCUCGGCCUUCUGGCAUACGUGCCCCGGCUGGAUCGUCCCAGGAUGGGUUGCAUCUCGGACGAGAAUGGGCGGGCCCGCAGGCCAGUGUAUUGGGCGGACCGAGGGGGAACGUAUACGGGGAGCUAUGGGCAGAUCUACGGCGAUCGAGAACAACAUCGGCGCCGGAGAGAUCACGUUCACCUACGCCCUCGCGGGCUCACAAAGAGAGUGCACUUUCACAGCAGGUGCAGACGGCUGAAGAGGCGCCGGCCAUGUGGGGAGACAAGCCCAUCGGGGUGCGUUUGCCUUCUGUCGACCCGCCGCAGAGGACUUCUGCCGGAGCGCCCCUCUCUCCCGGAUCGGAGUAUAUCCCCAAAGGAAAGCGGUACGGCCCGCCUCCCCAUACUAAGCUCGGCGGACCGGACGGGAAGACAUACGAGGAGCUUCGAGCGGGCGAUGACGGAGCUUCGCGGACGCCGCCCCCUCUUUCGGGAUGGGAUAUGGAAGCGGGAGAUAGGGAUUCUGACCGGUCUACCUAUGGCCAACUCCCAAAGGCGAAGCUAGGCGGUCCGAACGGCAGACCCUGGGAAGAGCUCCGGGGACUCCAAGAUCGGCCGAUCAAUGGUCUUGAUCACUCCGAUCAGGUCGAGGAAGAGGAGACUUCACAGCAGCUCGCCAAGGUGGGAGUCCCGGAUACGCAGUGGGAGGGAAAGGUGGUAGAAGUUCGACUACCCUCGGCUAUACCAGCCCCGUUCGACGCCUCCCUCCCUCACAGCCACCGCAAUCUCCCAUCGCUUGACGCUCUCCAGGCCCCUGAGACCCGGUUCGAUCUCGCUCGGAACGUGUCUCACACGACGAGAUCUCCCUACCAGAAGAAGAAGAAGGAAGCUGCUCGAGGUCCAUUCGGGAGGUAUCCUGCACAGCAAUGGGCCUGGGACGGUAGCUACGAUCCGAACAUGCCCGCGCCCGAGCCACCCGCCGAACCGGACGUCCACCCCCUCGUCGCAUGGCGAAAUAGCCACCGGUCCGGCAGCCACAGCGUCUCCUCGUCCAACCGGCUCAACCCUAUCGCUCCGACAUUCGAGCCUACGCGUUCGGUAUCCAAUCCCCUUUCGUCCCUCACUGGUCCGCACGGCACCGCUACACUUCGGUAUGAAGCACCUCCUUUCGAGCCCUUCACCUUCGGUUCAGGCUCGAUGAGCGUGCCCCCACCGCUUGGGGGACACAGCCGUCAUCGCAGCUUUUCGCGGCAUCGGCGCGAGCUGGCUGCUUCGGGAGGGACUCGGCGGGAUCUCCGAGUCGACGCGCCAGAGUUCCGACCGGAUAUAGGCGCCACUAGCAGCAGUAGCUCUCGGCGGCCCAGUCCGGGUAUAGACACCGGGCCUGGGGGCUUCCACAACGUCCAAUGGGUCCCACAAGCGGCCGAAACCUACGUUGCCGCACGUGCACCUGCUCGAGUGCAUGGACCGUAUCCGGAACCCAUCAAUCCUGGCUAUCCAUCCGACGCAUUCCCUCACCACCACACACUUGGUGCCUCCACAACAUCCCACCGAUCUUCAAUCGCGAGCGAGCGAACUACUACUGGCCUGCUUCGUCCCGCCGCGCCGACAUUCGUUCCCUCAGGUGCGCUUCCUCGGCCUCUACCUCCCAAUUGGGUCUCUCCGCCCGGACCAGCGGCCCAUUUGCGUGGACAUGAGCUGGAUGCACGUUUGAGGCAGGCUUUGUGUAGUUCGGAGUCGGAGGAGACGGAGGAGGCCAAUGGUGGAUCUGGGGAGGACACUGCGGUUCCUACCGGGGUUGGAGGCGGUCUAGGGGGAACCUCGCCCGCUAGCCGCCUUCACGAUCUGCCGAGCUCGUGUGGGGAACACACUGGGAAGUCGCAGGACAACAGCCCAGGCGGCAGCGAUGGAGCAGAGUCCUCCGGUCAGGCGAGAGAGGCGUCCGAGCAUGUCGCCGAGCAGGCAGUACAGGAGGAUGCUCCGCCUGCUUACGAUCACGUAUCGGUCUUGGAGGACGUUCACUUGUCCCUGCCGGCGGAUCAGCAAAGCGAAAGCGGACCGGAUCAGGAUACGGCCGAAGUUCUCUUCCACGCGUCGGUCCCUUCGUUUACUCACCCUUCAGCGGACAUCAUCCACUCCGAACAGUCAAGCACAGCCGGUGAUCUAGAGGACGAGGUCAUCUUCUCCACACCGCUCGACAAUCUUCCUACUCCCCGUAUGGAUAGCUGUGCGCAGCUCGGCGAGGCGCCCCAGACGCCUACCGAGGCUGACCGGGCCUCUCUCCGUGCGUCGACAUCUCAGCCGUACCAGACGCUCGACGGCAGUCCGCUCUUACCUCGGAGAUACCUCGAGACGCCCGCUACCCCGCACAAGACUACGGAUAUCGAGUCUCAAGUCCCGGUACAUGUCUCGCCGACCCCUGCUCGGCGGCCUCCAUCCCGCUCAGCUAUGCUCGAUGAAGCAAGACUUUUCCGUCCCGGGUCGCCCGGACUUACAUGCAACGCUGCGUCACCGGAAUGCCUUAUCCCAGCCUUCGUCCAGCUCAAGGCCAGCGGCAUUGCGGCUCCGAACGGACCUCGUCUCCCUGGCGGGAUCUUCCCUGAUCGACCCAGCAUCAUGCGCCGCUUCACCUUCCCUAUCCCAGCAGUCGAAAAGGCUAGCUUGGCGGGUAUCGCCUCCACAGCGCUCGCAACUGUCAUGUCCUCCCGACUGGACGCGGCGGCGAGUGCGAGCGCUCGAGCGGCUCAUUUGGCGAGGACCAGCGUGGAAUUCCCGAUGCGCGAGGAGAGGCGGAGGUUGGUCGUCGCCAAUUCUGCGCCGGAGGAUGAGGAGAGCUCGGAGGAUACUGUUCGGCCUGGCCAGUCGCGCAUGGCUAGCGAGCCGGAGGGGAAGGUAGAACGGUUGGAGGCGACCCUGGGACGAAUUGAGGGGAUAUUGACGGACCUCGAGGCGAGGACUAGGGGCUCGAAUGGGGGGGAGGACGAUAAAAAGGGGGAUGGGAUGAUAGGGUUCAGAGAGAAGGUGAUAGACGUUAUGACGGAGAUGCGGGACAGCAUUGAGGACCGACUCGGAUCACCCCUCCACCCGCCUCAAAAUGACAGCCUCCACUCCGAACUCCAGCAGCAGCGGCAUUUGCUGCAAGCGCUCGUCGAUCGUGCCAAUGAGCCGCCGACAACCGAGCCUUCGGUACUGAGUGCGUAUAGCGAACAGGUCCAAGCCACCCUCUCGGCUCUCGCUACGGGCCAGACUGCUCUCCUCGAGCAGAUCUCGUCCACCUCGCACGCUUCGAUGCAGCACAGUCGGGACACUACUACCGCCGUCGAGGCAAUCCGAUCGAUGAAGGAGGACUUGGAGCUUCGGAAGGUCAGCGCGGAGCAGCAAGACGAGGUCAUCUCUGCUCUUCGAAUCCAAGCGGAUGGGGCUCGACAAUCGGAAAUCCAGGCGUUUGCGGAACGAGACGAAGCCAAAGAGCGGCUGGACAAGUUGAAGACCAAAUUGGCCAAAACCAAGUGGGACAGGGAGGAGCUCGUGGCUGCGUACGAAGGGAUAGAGGAGAGGGAGAAGAAAGCCCUGGCCAGGGCAGAUGAGAUGGAGGCGGGCAAGAUGGCGGUGGUGGCUGAGCGAGAUGGGCUGGCUGCGGCUCUGAGGGAGAGCUUUACGAGGCAGAGGGGAAUGGAAGUGGAGUUGGAUAGGUUGCAGCGAGAGCUGGACACGCAAACACUCAAGGCGACUCAUCAGAUCCAACACUCGUCUUCCUCGAUCAGCGAUCUCCAGACUCUGGUGGCCGGCAACAAGGCGUUCCAGGACUGUCUGAUCGCGGAAGUCCGACCUUUGACCGGGAACGGCGCGGCAGCAUCUCAAGCGAGGAACAGCGAGAUUGAGGGGCUGAAGGAGGAUAAGCGGAACCAUCAGGCAGAGCUCGCUGAGCUGCGCAAGAAGGUCUACGAAUCUUCCAGCAAGAUCGCCGAUGCCGAUCUCCGCCUCGCUACCGCUGCCAAUGCCGCUGCUUCCGCCGAGUCGGACCUCCGAAAGUCGCUUACUGCUGCCGAGAAGGCCAGGUCUGCGGCGGAAGCUAAGACCAUCGAGCUGCAGGCGGAGGUGGAGAAGCUCAAAGGGGAGAAGAUGAACCUGGGUAUGGUGGCUACGGAGCGCUCAGGAGCUGUGCGAAUCUCGGAAAUCCGAAAUCAAGCGCUCCAACAGGAGAACGUCUUCUGGAGGGAUUUCGCCCUUUCUUACGACCGGCGCGAACACCGCAAGUACACCCAGUCUCAGCCUUUCCGGCCCUCCCAUCCUGCCGACCCUUCCUCGGCUCCUCAAACACCCCCAGCGCCACCCUCUACCGGGCCCGCCAAGGAGACCAGUCAUCGCGAAUCGGUUCAGACACCCAAGGAAGUCAACGGGAUGAUGGGACUGGGACCGGAGGGAACGCCAGACUUGUCGAUGAGCGCAAGUACGUCCGCUGAGGGGUUUGGGCCGGUGAUCAUGGGAACACCAGAUAACGGAGACAGGGAGGCGGGGACGUGGUAUGGCGUCCAGGUCUAG